AUGCAUCGCGUUACGACUACAAAUGUUUCAGAACAAAGCCAAAAUCAAACUCAGUGGCGAGAACUGAUUUUAAACAAUCUCAUGGAAUUACCAGAACGAUUUCAAAUUGACAUCACCGAACCUGUAGAUCAAUGCAUUCAUCGACGUCCAUGUACGGCUACGGUAUCAUAUUACAAUCCGUAUCAAGUGUCAUAUUGCGGCCACUAUUGUCCAAAUAAUUCGCUACUAUCUGAAACUGCUGCUAUUCGCCGUGAGCUAAGUGCCCUUCGAAAUGAUAUUGGAGCACUCAGACAACAACAAUAUUAUCCUACGUAUUAUACUUCGAGUCAAAAUACCUCGAGUAGUUCAUGCCCUGAAUGCAUCGCAUCUGCUAAUGCUAGCGUUAAUGCUACUCAGUAUGUUCAGUAUCCAUCCUAUGUUGAAGAACGUCCAUACACAGCCAGACGAUCGUCAAGUUCAAAUGCACCUAUUACAACAUACCAGGAUCAUUACCGCGGACCGGGGUAUUAUGGGCAUACGCCAAGUAGACCAACGAAACGAAAGACAACGAUGAAUGAAAUGGAAACAGAAGCUGCAUCAUCAUCUGUUGUUCAACAUCCAAGAGAUUGGGUACCAGGUGGUCACUAA